CCUUACGAGACGUUACUCGCAGCAUUACUUCGGCGCAUGCUAUUGGUGAGAAAAACUCGUAUUAAAGUGAAUAAUGAUACAAAGCAUUUGAAUAAAUUAAUUGCUUCUGAACGUGGUGUAUGGCACGCUUUUAGCACUUUGGCAUACGACCAGAAUGAGGCCGCAAAAUAUCUGUCGAUUUGGGGAAAAAGCGAAGAUGUUGACUUAAAUGAUGUGACCGAGAAAUUGGGUUAUUUAAUAACAAAAUUAUCCGAAGCUGAAGGUGUUCUAGCGAAUCAUUAUUCUCAAUAUCGUUCACAUUUAAAAGAAAUUCGUGUUCGAGAAGAUAACAUGAGAGAACAGCGAUCAAGGAAGGAAACUUUAUGGAGUAAAUUAGAAAAGGAGGAACGUAAGUCAAACCCUUCCAAACGUUCUGAAGCCGCUGAAAAGAGAAUUCAAGAUUAUCAAAAUGAGUUGGAUAAGUUAGAUAAGGAUACUCUUGAGGCUGAGACAGCUUUAGCUGACUUUAAACGCAAAGAAUUACAUGAAGCAUUAACGGUCCAAUUCGAUGCAUUUCUUGAGUUUGGUGAAAAAUUAGUUAUUAUAAGUAAAUAUUGCAAAAAAAUAAUUGACCAAAUUCCCCUUACUGAAACACGUCCUGGUGAACCAAGAGAACAAUAUCGAGGAAAGGAAAUUACAUCACAAGCUGUUGCUGACGCAAAGCAAGCACUAGAAAAUUGGGCACUACCACAUGAAAAUACUCCUAAUUAUCUUACAAGACCUCGAACGACAAUUUCCGAUGACUCGACCGAUGAUCCAUUAUCCACACGAAAUACUAGCUUCGUUCUUUCUGCACCCCCGCAAGAUGCUCCAAAUAAUGAAAAUACUGAAUUUUCUUUCAAUUCCUCUGAGCGUAAAUCUUUAACUCCAACAUUUUCGGGUGGAAUUUCUUCAUCUAAUACUAAAUAUUUUGAGGAUCCAAAUGAAGCUGAUCAUAGUGACUUGGAUCAAACUACUGAUGCUGAAGCAGAGAUGUCAAAAGUAAAAGAAAACUUUCCACUAGAGACUACGGCAAAUUCCAUAACGGAUGGCGCUGUAAUAAACUUAAUUCCGAAACCUCCAACGCCACCACCGAAAAAAGAUAUAGAAUCGGAAUUAACUACAGAACAAGUUGCUGAAUUUUCAUGUACACUUGAAGUUGAUAAUGAUUCUCAGCAAAUAGAUACCGAAAAGCUUGUCCCUACUACUUCGACCACACGUCCUCAACGUAAAGAACUAAAGCACGUGCAUUUCAGUGACGUUGAAAGCGAAAUCCCAUAA